CCGAGGGAGAGCGAGAGAGAGAGAGAGAGAGAUUGACUAACAGACGGACAGUAGCGUCUCCGCUGAAGCAGGGAAAUAAUGAGCAUUUAUAGCAUUUUAAACUUUAUCAUCGGAGGGAAGCAGCAGCUGGAGCGCAUUCAAUAAGACUGAUCGGGUUAGAUACUUGUCAGUAAAACUAGCCCGGUGUGAUACAUGCUGAACAGCCAGCGCGUUGGAAAUCACCCGUUCAUUUUCUGAGUUUUGGACCUCUGUGCUGUGUACCAGUUCAUCUACAGAGUCCAUCCGUGCAGAAAGCUGCAGAAGCCAGGCAGAUACACACUGACACACAGGCCAGGAUAGAUGGAGUCCAUCCUUGACAGCUUAACAGCAGAAAAACUCUAUCCGUCCGGAGGGACCAACCUGUUGGACCUGGAGGAACUCAGCGACGGAGAUUUUCUCACUAAUGUGCCUUUCCCAGCUGAUCAGAUGGAUGACUUCAGCAGUGAAUUAUUCAGCAGUUUCUUUGAAGAUCAUCUACUAGAGCGCCCACUUUUGGCAGACAGAACUUCACUUUUACAGAUGGAACUGGACAGCAACCCAGAUAUUCAAGCAGAACACAGCUAUUCUUUGAGUGAAGACUCUGCCCCCCAGAGCCCCGCCCUGUCAAUCAAAAUGGACCAAGACUCUGAGUUUGAAUGGGGUUUCAGUCAGGACCUGUCAGCCAUCUUGGUGAAAGAGGAGGAGCCCGAUGUGGGUCAAAGGUUAGAUCCGCCACCUCUGGAUGGCCCACCUCCUGUCUUAAACCCUGCUCCCCCACACAGAGGGCUACCAUGGAAACAAACAGUUAGCAUGGAGUGUAAUCAUGAUGACAUUAAGCCAGUAGCCAUCAAAGAUGAACCCAGAGAGAUUGGACAGUACCUCUGCCUGCCCAGCGAAGAUGCUCUGCAGCUCCCCCCUACCCCUCCCAGCAGUAACCAUGGAGACAGUGAUGGCUCACUCCCCCCUUCCUCCCCACACCUCCUCCUGCCUCCCUCUUCCCCCCAGCCACAGCAGAGGCCGGGAGGUCGUGCCUCUUCCUCUUCCUCCUCUGCCAUCUCUUCCUCACCUCUCCUCACUGCACCACAUAAGCUGCAGGGUUCAGGACCCCUGCUGUUGACAGAAGAAGAGAAGAGGACCCUGGUUGCUGAGGGUUAUCCAGUGCCCAAUAAACUUCCUCUCACCAAAAGUGAAGAGAAGGCACUGAAGAGAGUCCGACGAAAGAUAAAAAACAAGAUCUCAGCUCAAGAAAGUCGAAGGAAAAAGAAAGAAUAUGUGGAAUGUCUGGAGAAAAAGGUGGAGAGCUAUACAUCAGAAAACAGUGACCUGUGGAGGAAAGUUGAAAACUUGGAGACUGCUAACAGGUCUCUUUUACAGCAGCUUCAGAAGCUUCAGGCAUUGGUUUCUGGGAAAGUUGUUCCUCGUUCUUGUAAAAUGGCAUCAACUCAAACUGGGACAUGCCUCAUGAUGAUGGUGCUGUGUUUUGUCCUGGUGGUGGGAACCCUCUCUCCCUGCUUCUCUCCCCUCUCCUUCCUCUCUCACUCAUCCUCCUCUUCCUCCACCUCACUCUCCUCCUCUUCCUCUCCUGCUCUCCCACUGGGGGACCUCUACACCACCAGCCAGGUCCGGUCCCGCAGCCUGCUCUCCUACAAUGAUGGUGCCCCUUUGGAAGAGAACUCUGGGGCAUCAGAGGGGGAGGGGCUGCAGUCAGAAAGCCACUCCCUCAUCCAGACAAGCCAUUACAUUGGCAGUGGCCAUAGCAACCAAACUACUGGCCCCAAGUUCCACAAAAGAGAAACACAACCAGAAGGAGUAUCAGAGUAUUACUAAGAGAUAGCUCUACCCAUCCUCUUGUGACUUCUCACCUCUGACCCCUAAAAAGCCUAAAACCUCCAGACUCUUCAACUCAGCACAUCCCUUCCUUCCAUCACAUCCAACUGGACCAAAAUAUGUGCCUACAUUAUCCAUUAGUGCACCUCUCAGCACCAACAACAGCCACUGCAAGUGACUCAAUUUCUUAAUCCCACCAUGAUCAUCUCAUUAAGUGAAUGACCUACUCUCUCUUUCAAGACAAGACCCAAGAACCUGCAGUCUUUCCAUCUUCCCAUCUUCCCAUAGCCUGUGAACAUAUCUUGUAGUCCUCCUAGUAGUUCAAUUGCCUGCCAAAAUAGAUGUAUUAAUAUCCACAACCACUUGGCUGUACUUGAUUUUAAAGAGGACAUCCUAUAAGAAUUUCAAAUUUCAUGUACUGAUGAACAUAUUUGAUUAGUUCAUAAAAAGACCCAUGUUGUUGCUGUUGUUUCAAUCAUAAAGCCUAUUUUAAUUCAAAGACACACUAUACAUGGAAGCAUGUGACAUUUAAAGAAAGACGUUACCCUAAAAUUGUCUGUCAGCUAAAUGCUAUUGCAGAGACUACUCUGUAAGGGGUAAACACAUGCCAUUACUAUUGCAAUAUGCUAUGGUUCAUCAGGCACUAAAGUCAAUCAUGGUACCAAGAUAUAUCACAAACCAUAUCCAGAGUUCACUUUCUUACAGGUUUUGGGCCUCUACGUUUAAUUUUUCUCAGGUUUUUCAGAGUGCAGUUUAGCAAAACCCACUAAAUUAUACAACAUAAAUCUCAUCUCCUUUAGAAAGGAGAAUUGUGAAAUUUCUUAAAACACAGCAUAACAGACUAAGCUAGACUCCAGCUGAGAUAUUUUAUGUAUUUUUUCACAUUGUGUUUGUUGGAUUUUGCUUAACAAGCACUCCUGAUGCACUACACCAGAUUACUGCUUUACUUUAACUCAUCAUUCAGCACAUUUAAACAAUGUAUCUCAAUGCAACAUCUGUUUUACUAGCAUGCUGUUUUAAGAAACUAACUAGAAAUUCUGAUAUGUUGCAAAAUAACCCUCAAAGUCUAACAUUUAAAAAGUGCCUUUUGUCUUCUAUAGUUAAAUACAACCAACUUGGCCUUUCACCUAAUGCCCAUAUAUGGAACUGUAAAACUUGGAAUUAACAAAGCUGUCUAAACUGAGUACUGGACAGUUUUGAAAAUUCAUUGCAGAGGUACUACCAAUCAGUGAAGUGUGUUUUAUUUUUCUAUCUUCCAAUCUGUCUCUGAAAGCCAUAAAUGUUUUUCAUUUCAAUUUUCUGGCCAGACAUUAUCAAAGUAGUUUUUUUUUCCUGAGAUAUAUAUUAUAGUCUUAUCAAGAGUCACAUGUCCUGACACCAAGGUUGGAAAAGCCUGACAUAAAGGUAUUUUUAUGGAAUUUCAAAAAUUGUAUAUGUAAUAUAUUUACAGCAUCACAAAAAGAGCAUAUUUAUUUUAUGCAACAAAAAAAAUAUUGAAAUUGUUUUUAAGAUCAGUUUUUAUUGUCUUUUUCUAAAAAAAAAAAAAAAAAAAAAGUGGAAAAAAAUUAUAUUCUGAGCAUUAAAAAGAGCAUAUUUAUUUCAUGCAAAAAAAAGAAAAAAGAAAAGAAAGAAUUAACCUUUUAUUUUAGGAUGAUGUCAUGGUUUUACAUGCUAAUGCAAAGGUUUACAUGGUGAUUUAAUGUUUUAAACAAUUUGCAUUGAGUUUUACAUGUAAUAUGUAGUUUUACAUGUCAUGUUAAAGGUUUACAUGAUAUGUUUGUCUUUAACUGUAAUACAGUGUCUGUUUGGCUGCUGUCGCCUCUCCUCUCCUAACCUCAAAUAAGGUGUUUUUCUUUAUUUCCCUUUACCUAAAUUCAAAGUACCCAUGAUCCUUUAUACGCUGCAUGCUCUUGUGUCAUGACCUUGGCUGAUGAAACCCCAGAACAGUUCCUCUUAUCGGUAGUGCAUUGCUCUUAGUGCCAAAGAAAGUCAACAAACCACACAACAAACAAAAUUUCAAAACUGCAAAAUGCACAAUGUUGCUUGAAUCCAGAGAUUCCUCUCAGAAAUACACAAAAUAGAAGAUAACAGACCACUAAUUGCCUAGAGGAACUCCGGUCUGUGCUUGAACAGAUUUGAUUGUACAUACUGGUUCCAUCAAAAAACUGCUGAAAAAAUAUGUCCAUGUUAUAAAAGAGUGAUUCAACCUACAAUCAAAUGGUGGAGAAAAUACCAUCAUAUCUACAGAAAAUGUGAUCAUGUGGCAGCAAUGUAUGUUGUAUUUAUUCCUAUUUGUGGAAAAUGUGUAUAUAUUGAAAAGACAAUCAGGGGAAUAUUUUAAUCCAGCAACACAAAGACCACUUGCUUUACUUUCUCCACAAUUUGAAGUAAUAACCUGACAUUUUUUGUCUUUACGAUGUUCCUAUUUGAAUAUGGGGGAAAGUUUUUGUAUGAUGCACCACAGUUAAUCUAAAAAUUGCAUGUUAGCAUUCCACAUUCAGACCAAAGGUAAUAACAUGCUUCAAGCCAGCAGCUUAACUGCCAGACAGCUGUACCCACUGUUUUCAAUGCCAGAAAGGGAUCAAAACUUUCUUGCCCGUAGUCCUCACAGGUAGUUUUUAGAGCAGCUUUGAGACAAAUGUGGAAACUCUUUCACUGUAUUUAAUAAGUUCCUGUUGAGAGUAGCAUCAACAUACGAUUUUGAAUGUCAAGGUAUUCCUUUGAAUCCCACUGUACCAGCUCCCCACUUCCUGUUAAAGAAAUAAUUGGUACAUUAACUGUUUUGUUCACAUUUGUCUUUAAAACUAACUGCUCCACAUCUGCAUGAUAUAAUCACAAAUCAUAAUUUUGUAUAUUACUGAAAUUAUGAAAUAUUGUUUCAUUGGUACCAAUUGUCUGCUCUCAUUAUGUCACCACUCUCAUUUGUGUCCCUUCCAUUUUUUUCUUCAUACAAGGCAUUUGUUUAGAUUUAGUCAGUGGUACAAAAUGUGUGACUGCAACCCAAUUUUCCAUCCUCUUAUUUUCUCUCCAGCAGUCUUUAUAGCCGAAUGUACAUAAAUGAUGACUAUGUAAUGUGUGAUUGUUGUAAAUAAGAAUAAGCUUUGUUUUUGUAUCGUUACAUAUUUAGAGAUGUUAAACAGUGGAAUCAAAUGGGAAGAGAAAAAAGGAGGGAGGGGUUAGAGAGGUAGGGAGAGCUGAGGAGGGAGCAAGAAGGAGGGUUGCUUUUUCCUGUUGUAAAAACUGAAUCCUGGACAACACAGGAACUGAAUACAGUUCAAGCAGUCGCAAAAAUAGAGAUGCUUGUUUAUUGUUUCCUUUGACAUUUAGAGAAAAUGAGGAGGGACAUUUUGAAUAUCUCUGAAUGUCUUGUGAGAUCAACCAAACAAAUCUUAGGUGGUUCAACUCUUUGAAAUGUGUUUGGCUUUGUUGUUGUCCAGGUUUAUUUGUAUAAAGUCCUGCAUGUUUCUCCGUAUAUCACUAUAUAACUUAGUCUAGUCACGUAGAGUAGAAACCAGCAAAAUAUAAAAAAAACUGCA